GUUUCUGGCCGGUGUUGCGUUACUCUGCAGACGUCCGCUUGCCGUGCGGAGGAUUUGAGGUGCAUCAUUCGUUCGGUAGACGCUCACCGUGAAGGAUUGUGCGCGUGCAGACAGACAGACAGAUAGGGUUGUACACCGAGACCGUACACUGCAGCUGUGUUUUUUUGUUAAUGUUUGGUUCGUUUAGCAAAGCUGCCGUAUCAUCAAACAAACAAAAAGAGUUCUUUCGCACGGGCGAAAAUCGAUACUAAAACUAAGAUAGCUGAACUAGACACAAGACAUCGAGGAAAUGUGUCAUCGGAUGCUGUCACCUACCUAGAGUUAUUUAUCCUUCAAUUACCGGACUAUCAAACAACGCUACAAGAAACCAGAUAUUGAACUACGUUCCAAUUCGAACGAUCAAAAUGAAUGCUCCCAAAGGGAUGAGGCCUCGCCUUCGGACAUGGCCUAUGCUGAUGUCGGUACUUCUGCUGCAGAUACUGCUUCACCCCAGUCAAGCAUUUCUCACCAGCUACCGAAGUGGGCUCGGACUCGAUGGUUUCGGCAUAUGUCCGGCGGACGUGCGGAACUGCUCCUGCCGCUCGUAUACCGGUGCCGAAACCGAGAUCGACUGUCCGGAAGCGGACUCAACCGUGCAUCUACGCAUCGAACCGCACCAGUAUGCAGAGAUGCGCUGUCAGCGCAACCGGCGCAUUGACUUCGACCAGAUACCGCAGCUCUCGAUCGGUGACACGAACCGUCUAACGAUCGACGAUUGCCCAUUUCCGCGCCACCAAUCCAUCCUGCAGCUCGUAUCGUUCCUGGGCACCACCCAAGUAAAGGUACUCUGGCUAAAGAACAACGCAAACCACGAACACAGUGUCUCACUAGUGCGGCACCACUUUGCCGGACUGGAGAAUCUCGACCGACUAGCCAUCAGCAACGCGAAGCUCAGCGAUAUCGGACCGGACCUGUUCGAGCAUCUGCCGAACCUGACCUGGCUCGAUAUGCGGGACAACAUCUUCCGUCUUCCGCCGACCAUUUUCGAUGCACUGCCGAAACUUCGCAUACUCGAGCUGAGCUUCAACAGUCUGGAGGAGCUCGAUCCACGAUUGCUGCGCCAUCUGCCCAACCUACGACUGCUCACACUGUGGCACAACAAGCUGCAAACUAUUAGCCGCCAGGUGUUUACCGGUGUACCGGAACUGGAGCGUUUGGAUCUGUCCGCGAACCAGCUCGAAACGAUACCGGCCGAUCUGUUUGCCGAUCUGCCUCGGCUGACCGAGCUGGCGAUGGGCUUCAAUAACUUCCACACCCUGCCAGAGGGAUUGUUUCGUGCCAAUCGCGAGCUGCGAAAGCUGAAGCUAGCUUCCCAGCGUGUCGAACUCGAAACGUUACCGCGCGAUCUGUUGCAAAACCUGCCGGCACUGGAACAGGUUAACCUGGAGCGGGUGGGACUUGCCAGUCUGCCCGGUACGCUGCUGCACGGAUCGCCGAACGUCACCCAGGUGAACCUUGCCUUCAACCAACUUCGCCAGUUGCCUGAGGAUCUCCUGCGAGAUCAGAAAGCAUUGUACAUACUGCAGCUACAACACAAUCAGCUAACCAGUCUCCCAGAUGGGUUGCUAAGGAAUACCGGUGAAUUGCAUACUCUCCGGUUGUCACACAAUCAGAUCGGCGAACUAUCCACCGACGUACUGAAGGCAUUGGGCAAGCUAGAGGAACUUUAUCUGGACCACAAUCAGCUACACACGAUCGAACUGCACGCGUUCCGAUACACUACCGCCUUACACACGCUCCAUCUGCAAUCAAAUCAGCUAGCGUUCGAAACACUCAACACCCUCCCUGGAGCUGUCUGGAAUGCGAACGACGAGGAACCGAGCGAGAUCCCGGCACCGGACGAGUUCGGUAUGUUCGUACAGGACGGUACACCCUUCCAGCAUUUACAUCAGUUGCGGGAUCUCGACCUCUCCUCCAACUGGCUGACAACGGUACCAAGAGAUCUACUCCUCAACACACACGAACUUCAGCGACUCAAUCUAACGCGCAACAACAUUACCAGCCUUACGUACGCGAACCUCCAGUUUCUGGCACCCUCCAUCACGGUCGAUUUGCGCCACAACAGCAUCAUCGAGAUCAAUCUCGCCGAUAUGGAGCGUUUGGUUCUGCUAGAACGCCGCAGCUUCGAAGAGCAAACUGGACGGGCACGCAUACUGCUAAACGAUAACCCGCUCAACUGCAACUGUAUCGUGUACGCAUUUGCACAGUACAUACAGAACAAGCUGGCCACCGCUGUGUACGAUCGGCUGGACCUGGUGGCGGAUGCUCUGUACUGCCAGGGUCCCGAACAUCUGCAGGGAAUGUUGAUCAAGGACGUACCGACGCGUGAGCUGCUGUGCGAUCUAGACACACCGUCAACCCAGAUACGCCACUGUCCGGCUGCAUGCCGGUGUUACAUACGCCCCGAAGAUAUGGGUGUAAUCGUGGACUGUAGCGGGCAGGGUUUGUCCGAGGUGCCACAGCUUCCCCGUCCAACCACCUUUGGCUAUCGCUUCAUCGAGUUGCACCUCGAGAACAACAACAUUAGCUUGCUGCCCGAUAUGGCACGAAUGGUACCCGGUGGAUGGAGUGAGGUGCGUGAGCUGUACGCAUCCAACAACACGAUCGGCACACUGGAAGCGGACCAGCUGCCGAGCGGUUUACGUCUUCUGGAUCUCACCCGCAACAAACUCAGCGAACUGAACCCGCUCGUUGCGGAAGAGCUGACAGCUAGUACGGCACUGACCACGAUGCGGCUGGCCCACAAUGAUUGGACCUGCGAGUGUGAGGCAGCACAGUUCAUGACGUUCGCUCACAAGAACCAACGACGCAUAGAGGACUUUGCACGACUGCGAUGCUCGGACGGCCGGCAACUGGAGCAGACCACGCUCAACGAUCUAUGCCAGGACCGUACGCACACGAUCGUGCUAGUGUGUGUCAUCGUAUCGAUAAUCGCUUGCCUCGCCGCCCUACUCUCCUUCGUUUACUACACUUAUAAGCUCGAGCUGAAGGUAUGGCUGUUCAAGCACAGCAUCUGUCUCUGGCUCGUGGCGGAGGAAGAACUGGACAAGGAUAAGCUGUACGAUGCGUUCGUGUCCUACUCGCACAAAGACGAAGCGUUCAUUACCGAGCAUCUGGUGCCAACGCUCGAGCGUGAACCGAUGAACUUCAAGCUCUGCUGGCACGUGCGUGACUGGACGCCGGGUGAAAUGAUCUCCUCUCAGAUAUCAAGCUCCGUGGAGCAAUCGCGACGCACCAUCAUCGUACUUUCCAGCAGCUUCCUGGAGUCUCUCUGGGGUCAGCUAGAGUUCCGUACGGCACAUCUUCAGUCCAUGGCCGAACGACGCAACCGUCUAAUUAUCGUGAUUUACGGCGACAUUGGUAACAUUGAUGAUCUCGAGCCAGAACUCCGAGCCUACCUGCACACCAACACGUACGUGCGUUGGGGCGAUCCAUGGUUCUGGGAUAAGGUGCGCUUUGCCAUGCCCCAUCCACCGAAGGUGCGCGGUGGCAGUGGUGCUGGAACCGCUGUCAAGGCCGGCGUCAGUACUGCCGGCGGUCUUUUCAUGAAGCAGAUACAAGGUACCCCGGUGGAUGACAAAAUGGAGCUUAUCAAACCGCAGACAGCGCCUGCCACACCGCCCAUCCUCACUACACCCCCGACCGAACCUACCCUGGCACCCGCUUCAGGCCCAUUCAUCAUUAGUGGCAACGGUACGGCAAAUGGUGGCGUUACUCCGCCCGUAUACUAUCACCAACCGAUCAAUCCGUACCGCGCCAAUGGACACAUUAACGGUGCGUUCGUCAUCAACAGCAAUGCAAAGCAGAGUGACGUAGUACUCUUCUCCCCAUCUCGAGGCAAGCACCGUGACACGGUCUCUUCGAUGGUCCCUGUUUGGGUGAGCGGGUUUCUGGUCGUGUUGGUCCUGCUACUACCACUCACAAAUGGCCAGGAAUGCUUCACGAAAAAUCUCACUGCCACCGAAUGGCGUCUACAGUGUCCAGGAUUCCACGUCAUCCUGUCGAUGCGCAAAUCCUCAAAGCAGCUGCGAGUCCUGUGCCCAAUGAAGCCCGACUUCGAGCUGCUUCGAACAGUACGCAAUGUGCCGAAGCUUGCGUUCGAACAGCUAGACUACUCCUACUGCCCGUUACCGACCGGGAACCGGUCGCUUGUCGACACGCUGGCAGGAUUUCUCGACCGCGACCAGUUAAGCUCGAUCACAUACCUAUUCUUCGUGGAGAAUGCUAAUAACAGUGAGAAUGUAACGCUGGAACCGCAACUAUUUGCCGGUCUGAACGCACUGCAAGUGCUCUCGAUGAAGGCAUCCGCCGCGAUGCCACUGGACAAUCCGGCACUGUUUUCGCACCUGACCACACUGAAGUGGCUCGAUUUGCGCGAAGGUGACGGUGGGUCUCUGGUAGCCAGCACCAUACUACGCCCACUAACCAACCUCAGCACACUGGAGCUGAUGGAGAACGGAUUAUCGCAGCUGCCGGACGGGUUAGUGUCCAACAUACCGACGCUCGUUACGCUCAAUCUGCACCGCAACCAACUCGAGCGGCUAGAUAAGUUCGUCGGACUGCCAACGCUGAGCGAUAUCGAUCUCUCGUACAAUCGGCUUACCGAGCUACCGGAGGAUGUGUUUGCUGAGCUGCCGGAACUAUCGAACCUGUCGCUGAGAAGUAAUAGCAUUACCCGGCUGCCGGCCAAUUUGCUGAAGAACAAUACCAAGCUGACCAAGUUCCUGGCGCAAGAUCAGCAAACUACGGAACUCGUGCUGGAGGACGGACUGUUUGCCGGUUUGCAGCAGCUAGAGCACGUUUCGCUGACCAGUUGUCACAUUGCAGAGCUUCCGGAAGGUUUGUUUGCCGGUGCUAUCGGACUGAGGAAGCUCGAGCUAGGCCAAAACAGGCUUGAAGCCCUGCCGGAAAAGCUGCUGCGCGAUUUGUUCAACCUGGAGGAGUUGAAAUUGCAACAUAAUGCGCUGAUGAAUAUGUUGCCCAACACACUGUUCCAGGAUACCCGUCCACUGCGUAUACUGGAUCUUUCCCACAACAACUUAAAGAGCUUGAACGAACAAUUGUUCAAACCGAUAGCAAUGCUGAGAGAGCUAAAUCUUGAUAACAAUCAACUGCGUAUAAUCGAUGUGGACGCGUUCCAGAAGCAGUCACAUUUCUUGACCAAGCUUACGCUCAGCCACAACCAGAUGUCGUUUUACGAGAACGGCAGACCUGUGUUUUACAAGAACGGUGAACCCUGGGUGUUGGAUCGAUCUCCGUUCAAACCUCUGAACAGCCUGCAAACACUGGACCUGUCCCACAACGAGAUCGUCACCCUGUUUAAAGACUUCAAGCAUUACUUGCCAAAGCUGACGAAUCUCGAUCUAUCGCACAACUUGAUUGCGUACAUAAGCGACACCGACUUCCCGUUCAAUGCAAGAGACAUCGCAACCGUCGAUCUGCGUUUCAACAAAAUUACAGCGCUCGAUUUUCGAACGGUGAAAGACGUACCAUUGCCGCAGGUGGUGCUGCUCGAUGGUAAUCCACUAAACUGCGACUGUCUGGUGUAUCCGAUCGUACAUUAUAUCGCUACAAACGCAACACCCUUCCCGCUGAAGGGUGCGGAGUGUGCCAGUCCACCCGAGUUGUCUAGGUACACGCUGUUCGAUGUACCAAGCACGGAGCUGAUCUGCGAACUGGACCAACCGAAUGCUUUCUGUCCCAGCGAGUGCACAUGCUACAGACGUCCGGCCAAUCGUGUUGCGGUUGUGAACUGCACUGGUCAGAAACUGGUGGACGUACCGGCCAUUCCGGACCCUGCCCUCGUCGACUGUGGUUCCAUCGAGCUGCACCUCACGAACAAUCUGCUGCGCGAGCUGCCGAUAUCGUUCGGCGCAGGUUGGAAUGCUGUGCAGUGGCUGUAUGUGGCCAACAAUAAUAUACGCGAGGUACGAUACGACAGUUUGCCGCAACGAAUCGAAGUACUCGACGUCCGCCAGAACCAGAUAGCUUCACUCGACGAGCGGCUCGUCCAGCAACUGGCGAAUCGAAGCGCACUGUACCAGAUCAACCUGUCGGCGAAUCCUUGGCGGUGUGAUUGUACCGAACCAUUGCUAGAGUUCGUAAGCGAAAACGUGAAGCACAUUCCUGACUUCCACCUGCUCCGGUGCGUCGAUGGUCAACCGAUAAGCACCAGCACCCAGUCGACACUCUGCCGCCGGCGGACAAUGCUGUACGUGCAGUGGAGCGUCGCCUUCGUCAUCAUGGCGCUGAUUGCGCUGCUGGGCGGAUACAUCUACAUGCGGUACGAGCAUGAGAUAAAGGUGUGGCUGUUCAAGCAGGAUAUGCUACGGUGGUUAGUCGCCGAAGAGCAGAUCGAUCAAAACAAGCAGUACGACGCGUUCAUUUCGUACUCGCACAAGGAUGAAGCGUUUAUCGUCGAUACGCUGAUGCCCACGCUUGAGCGCGAACCGAUGAGCUUUAAGAUUUGCUGGCACGUGCGCGAUUUUAUGCCGGGAGAGCUGAUUUCCACCCAGAUCACGAAAGCGGUGGAAGAUUCACGACGCACCAUCAUCGUCCUGUCACCCAACUAUCUCGAGUCGGUUUGGGGCCAGAUGGAGUUUAACACCGCGUACCUGCAGUCGGUAGCGGACAAGCGCAACCGUGUCAUACCGAUCAUCUACGAGGACAUCGGCGAUGUCGAGACGCUCGAUCCGGAGCUGCGUGCGUACCUGAAAACCAACACGUACGUCCGGUGGGGCGAUCCAUGGUUCUGGGACAAGUUACGGUACGCCAUGCCCCACACCCGUCGGCCAAAGGGCGUACAGGCGUCCAACAACAUACGGAUGGCGUCGGUUGACAAGCUCAAUCUAUUGCCCACGAACGCCAACCAAACGUCAACGCCAUCGCUUGAAAGCACACCACCUAUCGAACAUCUACCGUCCGGGAAAGGCAUCCCAAACGGUGAACCGUUAGCGAACUUUUGCGAUCCAGCCAAACUCCCGUCGCUACCACCACCCUAUACCAUCAGUGACGGCAAGCUAGACCCAAUAACGACUGCGGCCAAAUAGUACCGAAUAGAUCUGUCGCUCCUGCACGCAUUCGUCAUUUCAAUCUCUCUUACCAUCAAUCUCUCUUUUUUGCGACAAAACACGACGGCCUGGCCGCGUCUUGCUAAUACGAAUCUCUUGACACUCUAUUCCUACACCUGACAUUAGGAUCACUAGGAUCAAACAAACUAUUACGCUAGGAAUGUGUAUGUGUGCUUGCGUCAAAAGACAGGGCAAUUACGUAUGUAUAUAAAAAAUGAUAUUUCAAUUGGAAUUAAAAAAAAACAAUCUUCUUCUUCUUUCUUGGCACUACAACCUCGAGAGGUCUCGGUCUGCCAUUUCUGACCCGUAGCAAAGUAGUCAGCCCUGCGUACGGGGAGGCGGUCUGGAUGGGAUUUGAACCCCGGCUCUGCCGUGUGAAAACCGCCUCCCCGAAAAAAACAAUACCUCAACGCAAAUGUUGGCGUCGGCAAAUGUAAAUCACAUACCAUUUGUCAAAUAAAAUAAUACAAUUGUGUUAAAACA